CACCACUCCGAAGUCCGGGUUCAUAUUGGGGGAACACGACGCAGGUCCUCGAGAAAAUGCGGCUUCGUUGCGGCGUCCCUAGGACACCAAGCGAUUUAUGUAACCCCCUUUCUUCACAGGUUUAUCUGCUGCGAUGGGCACGCAGCACCCUGUUACAGACCCAGCCUUCUUCGCCAAUCUCCCUCUAUGGUACUGAUUCUACUUGACAGCGAUGCCUCUACCUUCCUUCUUCGUCCCGCUUCUCGUCCCCCCUCGGUUUCUUCCCUCGCCUUCGCAUUCAUCCUCGCCGAAUCUUCGCACUCUUUUUACCCAUUGCGCCGCGCCAAGAUACCCAGGUCCCCGGCUACGCGAGAUCGCUUUAAUCAAGCCUCAAUCAAGAGAAGCGCCGCAGGGCACCGACGUGCAGCGCGAAGGGACCCUCCUUCGCACGCCUGCCUUCCUGGGACAAGAGGCGGGCGCGCUCCCGCGCGGCGAGCAUGGUAAUUCACCCAGUACUGUGUCCGCGUAUAUCGUGCAGCGCUGGGUGCCGCACGACCGCGCUCGGCUAGCUCUUCGACUUUGUCCUAUAGGAGACCCUGAGUCAACGACCAGGUCUCUCUCGACGUGGUCGCCUCGCUUCGGGGCUGAUCAGCGUCGGACCCUAUGCGCGCGGCCGCCACCAAUUUACGGGCUAUCAGUCCCGCAAUCUACUUGUUCUUCCGUUGGAGCUUUGUACUUCUUCACCGGCUCGAUGGAGUCAAGAUCCAAGCAAGCUCCCCCUCCCUGCUUUUCUUUCAUUCACCGGAUUCGGAUAGCACGUUCCUCCCUGUGAGUCUGCUGCGCCCGCUGUCCACUCGCCAUGAACUAACCACGACCAUGAACACGCUCACAGCCAGGUACCCAGGCGCGCUGAUCGCCUGCUGGACUUGCUAUUGUGCGCGCGACAACACCUACCGCCGAGUACAUAAUCCGUAUGUAAAGCCUUCCUUCUCCCUCGACACGCUUUCGUGCCCCCAAUCACUAUCACCACAGCCAGAUGAACACGGCGCACUCUACCUGACGCUGAGCCGGAUAUC